AUUAUUUCACAAAUGAGCCUAUUAGAGCAAGUAACAGAAGAGCUUGCAAAGAUCGAAUUGAAAGACGAUGACAUCUCAGAAUAUAUUGCUGGCAUUAUUCAGGAUGAUUCAAUCGAAGACGAUGAAAAGCGUGAAGUUAUUACAGGAUUCUUAGCAGAAGCCACUGAAAAAUCAACAGAAAACUUGAUCGAUACACUAUUAGAUGAAUGGAAGAGCUUAAUAAAAAAGCGCGAAAAAGAAGAGGAAGAAAAGCGAUCUAAGCUUUUGGAAGAAGCAAAAGUCCGAGAAGAGGAAAGAAGACGUAAAGUUGAGCAAGAGAAACAAGAACGAGAAGCACAGCGUACGUUACAAAAGCAACUAACAAAGGAAGAAAAAGAAGCUCGUGAACUGCUGAUGAGGGAAUAUGGAUAUAUAUCUGAAGAAGAAGGUGAAAAAGAAAAGGAAAAGAAAAAGGAAGAUGGUGACAAUCAACAAAAGGAGCGUCGUAAGGGCAAAGGAAGUCAUCAUCAGAACAGCGCGGCUAUAGAUCCUUUACUUGUUGAGAACCGCAAUGCUGAAAUGAUCAAGGAAAAGGAACGAAUAAGGCGAGAACAGAUGAAGCAAGCACAUGAGAAAGAGAGGGAACGUAAUAGACAAAACUUGGAAAAACAGAAAAAAGAAAAGACAUUAGACAAGGAAAAGAAGAAAACUCAAAAAGGAGAAAGAAGACGUAUGUGAUCUAUUGUAAAAUAUUAAAAUGAUUUAUUAUCGCUUCUUGUAUAAGCACGGUUUUAAUAGUUUUUGUGCCUUUUUCUGGAGCUUGACUUUAGGUGUGGUUAAUCCUGCGCCUUUCUUGAGUGCUCUCUUUUGUGUUUUGCUUAAUCCAGCUAAUACUUCAUCCUCUACCUCUUCUUCAUAGUUUGGUUGCUUUGUAAAGUAUAACAUGAUGAACAUUUUAUUGUCGUCAUCCUUAUCCAUAAAAUCAAAGCCAAGCUCCUCCAAAAGAGUGAUGAAUGCAUCAACAUCACUAAAUCUACUCACAACCUCUGCUAUCUUCAAUUCACCACUAAAUUGAAAGAUGAUAGAAUUGGUCAAUUAUAUACACACAAGAUGAUGGUUCGCUUUUUUCUUACC